AUGGCCCUGGUUACUGGAUGGAUAGACGAUGCCAGGCGUGGCUACUCCUCCUACGGAGUGGAUCUCAUUCGCACGGGGUGUCUUUUGCUUCGCACCACUCCGUCCGUGACGUACAGGGCUGCCGUCUUGUUCCAACGCUUCCAAGCGGUCGCCGAACAGGUCCGGCGUAAGCGCGGAGACUACCAAGAUGAAUAUAGUAUCACGGAGGGGAAUAGCAGCCGAGAUGUGCUGUCUGGGGCACGAAAAACGUCGUACACGGUGCCGAUCCACGUUGGGACAGAACGUCCUUCUGGUGUUCUUAUGUUUGGGGAUCCAUACGCUCCAUUGGACUACUGUUUGUUUAACCUGCGAGAACACGAUGACAUUACUUAUCUGACCGCGGCGUGUGUCCUCAUCGCAACAAAGAUGGAGGAUCAUUCCAUGCGUGUACGUCUCAUAGUGGGUGUCUUUAUGCGGUUAAACCAACGCCGUCGUGGCGAACCCGUUAUUGAGCAACUUCAGCCACCACCAGAGCGUUAC